AUGGCUACAGAAGCAGAUGAUGACUUGCAGUUGAUCCGCGCUUCGGGAGGUCUCUUAGCCGAUCUUCAGACCGCGCUCUCCAAUUUGCUUUGGAAACGAGGAAACCAAGGCCAUGUUCACCAUCUCGUCCGCUCGCGCGAUCUUGACCAUGUGAUCCAGUUGAUCGAGCCUUUCCAAGGCGAACCUCAGCUGCUCGAUGCUCACCUGAGAAGCUUGCUGCCUCCGAUUGUCGAAGCAUACCUAGCUUUCCUUCAAGUCUCAGAAGCCAAGUCUCCUUCCCCCCAGUCAGUCGCUCUCGAUGUGGCGGCCAGUAAGCUGUUGUACACCUUCUGUAAGGUCAGGGGAGAAAAGAUCAUCAUCGGCUUCCUUAACAACGAACCCAGACAUCUUGAACUCAUCCUGAACAAUCUCGAGAAUUUCAAAGCACUCAGUACCGACUUGAAUUCUACAUGGGAGAAGUCGUAUGUCUUACUGUUGUGGCUGACCCAUUUGAUGCUUGUGCCGUUCGAUCUGAGCUCGAUCUCAGGUGCAUCUCAGUCUUCUGAAGAGCAUAAGCACAUGGUUCUGGAUGACAAGGUUCCAUCCAUCGCACGACGCGUCAUAGCACUGAGUAUUCACUAUCUUUCCGCUGCUACCCGAGAACAAGACGCUGCAGCGAAGAUGCUUGUCCGCUUGGUUACCAGACCUGAUAUGCAACGCCUUCACCUGCCAACUGCAGUCGGCUCAUGGGCACUAACAAAGCUUCUGAAUCCCUCGGAUUCCCCAAAUUCCAGUCUUCACACUUUCUUGGGUCCGCUCCGAUUCUUAGUAGGCAUGACAGUGUCAGUGGACACUGACGAAGUUGCAAGUCUUAUACCUGCCAUUUACUCUGCUGGUCAGAGGCUCAUGGACGAUGCCAUGCUCGCAUUUCUAAGCUCUUCUGCCGUCACCAAGAAACUGGUCGUGAAGCUCCUCCGAAACAUUGCUCUACUGAGCCUGAAGGCCUCUUUCGACAGGCUUGUCAACUUCUUCGAGACAUAUGGCGUUUUGGAAGAGACUAUCGAAUAUUGCCUACAGUCGCUCGACGACCGUGACACACCAGUCAGAUUUGCCGCGAGCAAAGCUCUUAGUAUGAUCAUUCUUCAUCUUGACCCUGAGAUGGGCCAUGAAGUCGUACAGGCAGUCUUGGAAAGCUUCAAAGAGGAUAUGCCACAAUCUACCUCAGAACCAGAUUUCGGAGCUGCAAAUGCUCUGAGGUGGCACGGAUUGACGUUGACCCUCGCACAUGCGUUGUUCAGGAGGUCUGCUUCAACACAGCAGUUACCGGAGAUUCUUAACGCGUUACUACUAGCGCUCAGUUUCGAGCAGAGAUCUGCUGUCGGCGUAAGUACUGGAAGCAAUGUCCGUGACGCUGCAUGUUUCGGUAUCUGGUCUUUGUCUCGACGAUACACUACCAAAGAACUAUUAUCAGUUGACACAUCAUUGAUUGGAUUCGACUUCAAUCGGGUCGACAGGUCAAUAAUCCAGGUGGUGGCCAUCCAGCUGUUGCUCUCUGCUUGCUUGGACCCAACUGGCAAUAUUAGAAGAGGAUCUUCGGCAGCCCUUCAAGAGUUGAUCGGUAGACAUCCCGAUCAGGUCAGUAAUGGUAUCGCUCUCGUGCAAGUUGUGGACUAUCACGCCGUAGGACUACGUCAACGCGCGAUGGUGGACGUGGCCCAGCACGCUGCGGACCUUGACUCUACGUACCGAGAAGCACUACUAAAUGCGCUCGGUAACUGGCGAGGGCUUGGUUCUACUGAUAUUGUCUCUCGUGAGGCCGCAGCAGAAUCUUCGGGUCUUCUGUGUGCGCCGCAAACACCACAGCAAGUCAAGGCUACUCUCGAGCAUUUGCAGAAGUGUAUCUUCUCUUUCCCGAGCUCCGAUCUCGAACAAUGCCACGGGUCACUGCUUGCGCUAUCGCAAAUAGUCGAUACAAAGGUCCGCCAAAGCAUUGGAGAUGAUCAAUCAAGCUUGGAUGACAGAAACCUGUCGUAUCUGAUCUCCUUGUGGGACUUGUUCAGUCAAGACACAAGCCUCUACAAGAAUCAAACCUCUCGAGCAUUACGUGCAGAAUUACCAUUCUCAGUAGCGAGGCUCGUAGCGUCUCUUGGCGAGCUUUCUUUGUUAUUGAGAACAGCACAUCUGGAAGUUAGAUUGCACAGAUUGACGUUGAGCCAAAUCGUGUCUGGUUUGAUCUCUUCCUCAGAAGCCUCUGUCUUGGUGGUCCUCCCACGAUUGGUAAGAGUGCUUUCGAGGCUACACACCCUGGGUCAUACCGACAGCCCAAUCCUUUUAUUCUCGGAUUGCUUUGGAAAGGUUGCACACGAUUAUUCAGGGAUGACUUUACACGGCUCAGGUCGCGUUAUCGCUUUAGGCGCCGCAUUCCCGUGGUUAGAAAGCGUCUACAAGCUCGACAAACUGACGGCUUGCAACCUUCUUGCGGACAUGGUCAAGGAUGCUCCCUUGACUGAAUGGCGCACCGUAGGUCUACAAGCUAUGGAGUUGAUCAUUCAGACAAGUGCUAUAGAAGCCGAUAUCUUCCAGUGCUUGAUUUCUGCGCUUGAAGCCGGCCUCAACGACUACACCAUCACUGAGAGAGGCGACGUUGGAUCUCUGGUCCGCUCCAGGGCUAUUCAAUGCGUUCAAAAGAUAUGGGCAUCAGACCAAUUACACCUUGAAUCGACCUCCCGAUAUUUGCUAGAAGGAAACAUCAUCCGCCUUGCCUUUGAGAAGAUGGACCGAGUUCGAUUCCAAGCUGCAAGAUGCCUCCAAGGAGACCUCGAGGCGUCGAAAAGUGCUUCUGAUGUGGACGUGACAAGUUACAAAUACUUUUCAUCCCUGUUCUCAGCACUGAAUAACAACCCGCCAGCAUGGAAACGCGAUGCAAUCUUGAAGGGAAGUGUAUCCUGUGCUGGAGUGGGCGCCGAAGGUUUGCUACGAGCCUCUCGCAUGGCUUUGGUGGACACGAUACAACAGGGCAGCAUCGACAUGAGGAUCGACUGCAUUACUACUCUAUCUGGCUUCCUGAAAGAUUCAAUGUUGAGAGAAGCUGAGACUCAACCUCUUUUGGAGCUUGUUGCAUACCUACUCGAUGCUCUACCCUCUAUCGUCCCUUUGGACAGUCCUUUCAACUGGCGCGUUUUGUUGUCCUUGGUGCAGAAGUCACAUUUCAAGUCCAACAAUAUCCCCCGGAUACUCGCAGCCGUGGACGUGUAUCAGGCAUUGGUAGAAAAACCAACAACUCGCGCUGAUACAUUGAAGAAGCUUGCUAGCAUGUUGAACACGAAUCCAUACCCAACGGUCCGAACUGCGGUUGCCGAUUGCUUGUUUCUUUCAGUAGGCGACCAAGCCUUGAAAGGAGUCGACUGGAGUAAGCCAGCCCAGAGAUACAAUCUGCCGGUCGAUGUGCGGUAA